CAAGCAGCCUGUGCUCGUCGAGGCAACCACUGAGCUUCUCGACAAGAUUCCAAAACCAGGUGCUAUCUGCAAUCAGGUUCGAUAGAGGUUUGAGAUCCCCACAUGGAGGAAGAAAAGUCUCCAACUCCUUGGUUUGCAGGAGUUAUGCCGGGUCAGUGGCGACUAGAGUCAGACCAUGCAUUCAACACCUAUAAGACGAUUGCAAUCAUCGGAUCAUUCACAGUUGACCUCUCCCAGACGUUCAAUACCAGCAGCACUCAGCCCCAGCUUCAUUCAAGCUCGGCUGAGCUAGCUGUUUAACAUCACGAUAAACUUUAGACUAGAUUUAGUUUUCAGGAUGAAGAUGGCGCCCUCAAUCUACCUUUCCAUUGGACUGGCAAUAUUGUACGCUGCCACGGCAGACGCGCAGCUAUCUCAGAGCUUCUACGCAAAGAGCUGUCCCGGUGGUGUGCAAGCUGUUGCCAACGUGGUCAGCGCGGCUGUUCGCAGUGACAGAAGAAAUGCCGCCGGCCUUCUCCGAUUGCAUUUCCACGAUUGUUUUGUCAAUGGAUGUGAUGGAUCAGUGCUUUUGUCUUCAACUCCUGGAAAUAAGGCAGAAAAGGAUGCACCACCAAAUCUCUCACUUCAAGGAUUUGGAAUCAUCGAUCAAGCGAAGGCUGCAAUAGAAAGGACUUGUCCCGGUGUUUUUUCGUGCUCCGAUAUCCUGGCUCUUGCAGCUAGAGAUGCCAUCGCCACUAUUGGGGGACCAAGCUGGUCGGUUCCCCUUGGUCGAAGAGAUGGAACGAUUUCGCGCGCAAGUGCCGCGUCCAGCAAUCUUCCGGGUGAUGGGUUCAGCUUCAGGCAGCUUCUUCAGAACUUCAACAGCAAGGGCCUCAGCCAAUCGGACUUGAUCGUCCUUUCAGGUGCCCACACAAUCGGACUUACCCACUGCAGCAAGGUCACUCCCCGCAUCUAUAACUUUCCCAGAAGCGCAAGUGGUGCCGAUCCUUAUCUCAACACCACUUACGUCAGGGAGAAGAGAGGAGUGUGUCCCAACUCCGCCAGCAGCGCAAACAAAUUCGUCGCUCUGGAUUCAAGCAAGGGAGGCCAGACCUUCGACAUCAACUACUUCACUAACGUUCUGGAUCACAAGGCCAUCUUCAAGUCGGACGAUGCUCUCAUCUCCACAAGCAGCGGUCUGAAGCAAGUGCUGGAUCUUGUUCGAUCCCCGAGCUCGAAGUUCUUUAGCCAAUUCGGGCUGGCUAUGCAGAAGAUGGGAAGGAUUCAGGUCCUGACCGGAUCUCAGGGAGAGAUCCGCAAAGUCUGCUCGAAGAAGAACUAGAACAUAAGCUGAAAAUUGUUUCUUUGUUAAAUUGAGUUGUAAAAUUGUUUCAGUGGACCCAGACUAGACUCUUCUUUAUCAAAGCACUUAGAAUUGUAGUUGCUGAAACGGGAGGGUGCUCUAAGCUAGCCAUUAGGUGAAGUUUUUCUAGCCAACAUGGUGAGCUUUAUUACUGAGCGUUAAUCGAAACUAGUGACAUGGAGGAAGUUUGGUGGCAAUUCGAGAGAGUUCUAAGCUAGUUAGCAAGUUUUACUAGUUCUCUAAAGUUGUUAGGAAGAGUACAAAUGAACACUGCAUUGGUCUCGCACAACAUUCUUCAAGACCUUGGGAAGAAGAUCUGCUGUGCUAAUUAUGUAGCACGCGGGCAUUCCUGCAGGCACCAUUCUUUGCUUCGUUUGCUUUUGAGAUCGAAGCCCACAAUUGUCACUUUCAUUGGGUGCUUUCGUGCACAUAAUAAACCGAAUUCCGG